AUGGGUUGCGGCCUCUUCGGAAAAAAGAAGUCCAAGAAGACCGGCGGCGCUGGCGGCGCCGGCUUCGCCCCCCGCCCCGUGCAGCAGACGGUACAGGGCGGCAAGGUCGGGUACCAGCCGACCGAGGCGGCGCUGGCGAACCAGAAGAAGUACCAGGAGGACUUCCGCAAGCAGUACGGCGGCGACCCCAACGACCCGGAGUUCGUGCGCAGCCUGGCGGCGAACCAGGCGCUGGCUGGGUCCGCGGCGAAUUUCGCCGUUCGCAAGAUGGGCCCUCAGGGCCAAAGGCUUGAGCCCUAUGCGCAGAGGGGAGCCAACAUGGCCGCCACCCAGUUCACCAAGCAGCAGUUCAGGGACCGCCAGCAACAAGAAGACUAA